AAUGAUAUACAAAUAGCAUUAUUUCAAACGUUGAGUUAUAAUAUUUAUAAUAUUAUUAGUUUUGUUUAUUUUGCAAAUCUGGAUGAAAUUAGUGACAUCAUGAUAACCGCCUCCGAACCUUUGGAAUUUAUUCCUCGAGGUCGACAGGCGGUACUAACUCAUUAUGAAUCUCAAGGAGAUGCUGCUACAAGGAAUUUACAUUCUGAUACCUUUCUAACAAAUCAGUUGCAAAAUGUAGCAAUAUCUGAUAAUGAAAUUAAAAAUGUAGUACCUGAGGAGAAUUGGUCAAUCCGUGAGUGUACAAAAUCUUUCAUGAAGAAUGAUAACAAUGAAGAAUUAUUAAAUCCACCAGAUUGCUCUUGGGAAGAGGAACUUUAUUUUAAGGGAUCUACAGCUGUUUGGUCUAAAGGAUCCUUAUCCAGUUUAAAUUUAGAUAAUCAAAAUGAAUCCAGAAGUGUAAUAGCAUGUUAUACUUGUGAAUCUCCAAUUCGACAUGCCAUAUUUUGUAACUUUUAUUCCUCAAUUGAUAAUAAAAUAUUAAAAAAUAAUGUUAUGAACAUUGAGAUAGAUACAAAUGAAACAGAUUUAUAUUCUCCAAUUGGGGAAGCAAUACCUGCAAUUUGUAUUAUUGACACAUUCAAUAUUAAAGUGUUUACUGAAAAAGGUGAAGAUUUUAUAACAAGUUUACAGUUCCAAGUGCAAAAAAUAUGGACUACCAAAUUUGGAGUUUUAUUAGAGAAGGAUCAAGUACCUGACUUGGUUAGUAUGUCAAAGCUUCACUCCAACAUUUCUCAUGGAGAUGGGUUACAUAGAACUUCAGAAUCUCCUAAAUUACCAACGUUAUUUUCUUUAUCACAUCCUUUAGAUGAGAUGUGCCCUCUUAUAAUGAAACAUAGUUCUGGCGCCUAUAGUUACUUCAAUGAUAAAACUAUGAAGGUAGUGUUCUCAUGUGCCGAUCCCAGCUUAAUUUUAGUAUAUGAUGUAAGAAGCAAUUUACAUAGUGCAUAUCGUUUAAGAAGAGCUCGAAGACGUGAAUUUCAGGAUCUGUGCACAACUUUAUGCCAGCAAAGUUCAGCCACAUCAUUAAUGACACAUUUAGCAAAUAAUAGUUCAAGCAUGGCACAGUUUGGUGAUUCCAUGAAAAUGCCAAUUAGCAUAUUACAUAGCAAACAUAGCAGUAUUGGAGGGACUACUGUUGCAGGUUCCAGCCCAUUUUCCAGUCCAGGGCUAUUUGCUUCUCCACUUCCUUGUUCCUCAUAUAGCACCCCUUUUGGCACACCCAGUCAUACUGGAUACAAUUCUAGUCCAUUUUCUAAUGUCAGUCGAAGUGCAAUUGGUGUUGGAACUGCAUCGUCAUUAGCGCGUCUAAGUUUCCAAAGAGCUCAAUCACCACUAAAUUCCAUUAGUCAAGCAGGAACAACUACAAAUAGUAUGUCUAACAUAUCAUCACUUCGAGAUAUAACAAUGGGAAGCAAGGCUCCUCUAGAACACCCUGCGACACAAGCCAAACCUCUAUAUCCUGAUUUAUGUUUAGAAUAUGUUUGGACAGAAUCCCAAACUCCCAAAAGACUGCCUGCAGCAAAUAUACCAUUUGAAGAGCAAGCAUCCCAUUGUUUUCUCCAUACAGAUUUAGUUGGAUUGACAUACUUGUGCUAUCUUCAACCCAUAAAGAUGUGUUUAAAUAUUGUUAGAAUCUUGAAUGCUAAUGAUCCGAUUAAAUUAAUAUUUAGCACUGCUACUGCAAUUACUGCUAAAGAUGCAAUUGCGUUACCUAAAAUGAAAAUGAUACUUGUGUUGGAUGUUUCAAACAAUCUAAUUUUAUAUUCUGGUAGCAAUUCUGUGGGAAAAAUUCAUGUUUCUGGUGUUUUAUCUUCAGAUUUUGUACCAGGAAUAACACCAACUUUAUCCUGUUCUUUUGCAUCAGGGUCACCUUUUCCAAGGCGAAGCAGUCUUUUGCCCUCCUCUCAAUCUUUACCUGAUAAACAUUUGGAAGACUUUCAUGCAAUUUCCCCAGUAGCACCAGUAAAGGCAACAAGAUCAGGCUUAAGAAAAAUGGCUUCUGGUAAUCAAUUUAUUAUACAGGGUUUGAGAGAUUCCAUUGGUCACCAUGUAUCAUUGCGAUAUCCUUCUGAUAAAUAUUAUAGAAUAACUAUGCCACCUAUAUCAACUUGUGCUUUUAUAAAAAAAUGUUUGUCUGUGCUAAGACAAAUUCUACCAAGAGAUUUAGCAAUGUUGUUAAUGAUCAGGUGGUAUGGAGUGAGGAAUGCUCCGGGCUCUCAAAAUAUCAGUGUAAAAGAAGAAUGGGAAUCAUUUCAAAACUUGCUGCUAAAACUUCUGGGUUAUGAUACAAAUAGCCUUAUUCUAACACAAGAUUCAAAUAAAACUCUUGAUACAAAGCCGGAGCCCAAAAAACCGAAAACGUCUUAUGAACCUUCAAAUGCUGAUUGGGAGUAUCUAAUAUCAUCAAAACGCCAUUGCGAAUUAUCAAACUCAAUAAUAAAAGUUAUGAAAUUUAAACCAAACUCUUUAAAACAAAAUGCACAACAGGAUUGCACUAUGGUUAUGCAAGGAAUAAAAAUAAAUACUGAAGCACCACUUUUUACAAACUUACCUAUAAUAUUAUUUUCUUUGCAUUUGAUGUAUGAAGAACUCAAACUGCUCAGCGAUUAUGAGUCCCACCUUAAACCCCUGGCCAGAUUGUUAAAUCAACUAUCAUAUGAUUUAAGAUUAUCCAAAUAUACAGAACAUUAUUGGAAAGAUUUUCCAGAAUGUUGUAAAAUGAAAAUGCAAUUCAAUGAUUCUCAGUUGACUGAUAGUUGUCUGAAGAAAUUAACGUACCCAAGUUAUAUGAUGGAAAGGCCAGCAGAGAUUUUUAAGCAAGUAUAUGAUAUUUUGAAUUUAAAUCGACCAUUGGCUUUUCCUUUUAUAUGUGGUGUGAACCAAAUAUCUAAAAUACUUGUGCAGUUAGCAAAUCUAUUAGUAAAUAAAACUAAUAAUUUACAAGAUUUGGAAAACUGUAUCAAUAAAAUUCCUACACAAGGAGCAAAAUAUGAAUCAAACGAAAUUAAUUUUAAAGACAUCCCAAGUUUGAGUACUGCAAGUUCUGUUGGAGAAAUUGCUGUAUUGUUUAUGAAUGCUGUGGGUCUUACGCUGCGAAAGAUAUCACAUUUGCCGUCUAGUUUAGGAUUAAUGUGCUAUUGGGCGAUCGAAAGUUGUCGAGAGUAUCCACCUACCAACUGGAAUUCGGAAGCUUAUGCAUUGAUAUUACGUCAAGAUCUUAAUACAGACUAUGCAAAGAGAGAAUUGAGCAUUCACUGUGAAACAUCAUUAUCACCACAAAGAAAUUUAGUUCCCGAUUCAUACAAUGUUCAAUCUACAAAUCCUGAAACAGCUGAAGCAGAAGAUGGCAUGGAAAAUAUAGAGACACAAUUAUUAAGAUUACGAUUUCCCAAAGAUUUGCGUAUAAAUGAAAUUCGAAGAAUAUUGCACAGUGCAACACCUGUUACAAUAGACAUAACACAGUCACCAGAUGUAACCGACCAUGAAUUUAUUGAAGAGCAGGAAAAACAAUUAUAUUCAAUUACUACAAGAACGAUGGCUCUUCCCGUUGGAAGAGGAAUGUUUACUUUGCGAUCGACUUCUCCUUGUACAACGGAACCACUUCCGAUUCCUAAGUUAUGUUUGACUGGUAAAGCCCCUCCGCGCGGCGUUACUAUUGACUUAUCGCAUAUAGAGGUUCCACCUCAAAUGAAUGUGUGGCCUUUAUUUCAUAAUGGCGCUGCUGCUGGACUUCGAUUAAGACACGAUGACUCCGAAACAGCAAUAGAAUCAAUAGAUUCCACUUGGAUUGUUUACAAUCGCCCUAAAACUAACUCCACUGCAAAUAAUAAUAACAAUAAUAAUAACAGUAAUAGUAAUAAUCCAGAUUCUGCUUCUGAACAUGCUGGUUUUCUUAUGGCAUUAGGACUAAAUGGACAUCUGAAGACACUGUCAUAUAUGAGUGUUUAUGAAUAUCUGGUUAAAUGUAAUGAAAUGACUAGUGUCGGAUUGUUGCUAGGAAUAUCUGCUACUCAUAGAGGGACCAUGGAUAUUUCUACAACAAAGCUAUUGAGUAUACAUUUGGAAGCCUUAUUACCACCUACAUCUAUUGAACUAGAUAUUCCGCAAACCAUACAGGUUGCUGCUCUACUAGGUGUAGGUUUAGUAUACCAACGUACUGCAAACAGACACAUGGCUGAAGUUUUGCUCUCUGAAAUAGGACGCCCACCUGGUCCUGAAAUGGAGAACAGUGUCGAACGUGAAUCUUACUCUUUAGCGGCUGGUUUAGCACUUGGUCUGGUUACUCUUGGACAUGGAGGUGUGACUUCUGCUUUGACAGACCUAGCAAUUCCUGAUACUCUUCAUUACUACAUGGUGGGAGGAAAUAAAAGACCACUUACAGGAUCCCAGAAAGACAAAUAUAAGCAGCCAUCAUUUCAAAUUCGAGAGGGCGACAGUGUUAAUAUUGAUGUAACUGCUCCUGGUGCUACAUUAGCACUUGGACUAAUGUUUUUUGGAACUUCAAAUCAAACUAUUGCUGAUUGGAUGAAACCAGCAGAAACUCAUUAUAUGUUAGAUUUUGUUAGACCCGAUCUUUUAUUACUCAGAACCAUAUCAAGAGGUCUUAUAUUAUGGAAUGAAAUACGCCCAACUGAAAAUUGGAUAGAAGAUCAAGUACCAGUAGUAUUUAGAAAAUAUUGUUUAUGCACUCCAAACCCAGAUUAUCAAGUUGAUGUGGAUUAUGAAGGAUUGAAUCAAGCAUAUUGUAAUAUUCUGGCUGGAGCUUGUUUCUGUAUUGGCUUAAAGUAUGCAGGUUCGAAUGAUCAGAAAGCUUACGAACUAUUACUGAAGUAUACACAAAGAUUUAUGCGGCUUGGAGGACGCGCUAUAGCUGAAUUGGCCGGAAAAUCAACCAUUGAAACUUGUAUGAAUUUAAUACUGAUAUCAUUAGCCAUGGUAAUGGCUGGGUCGGGUGAUCUGAUGACCCUUCGUAUCUGUCGAUUGCUAAGGGCCAGGGUUGGGGUAGCUGGCACCGCAACUGCUACAUAUGGGUCACAUCUAGCAACGCACAUGGCAGCAGGAUUGUUGUUAUUAGGAGCCGGGCGGUAUACACUGAGCACCAGCCCUGAGAGUGUAGCAGCUCUGGUUUGUGCAUUCUUUCCCAAGUUUCCCACUCACAGUAAUGAUAAUAGAUAUCAUUUACAAGCAUUCAGACAUCUUUAUGUGUUAGCAGUAGAACCACGAAUUCUAAUACCUCGUGAUAUAGAUUCUGGAUUAUUGUGCUAUAGUAAUGUUACUGUAGUUUACGCCGAUUCUAAUUCAGAAGAAAAAUUGAAAGCUCCUUGCUUUCUACCAGAAUUGCAUAAGUUGAAAAAGGUUCAAAUUGAUGAUGAAAGAUAUUGGCCUAUUGUUUUUGAAAGAGAGAGAAACUGGGACUUACUCAGGAAACUUUUAUCUAAUUGCUAUUGUUUGGAUAUAAAACAACGUGCCGGAUGUUUACCUUAUGAAGAAGAUCCAGAAGGCUUUAAAACACUUGUAGCGCAAACAUUAACAACAGACGUUUCUAAUAUUUGGAGUGUGCUAUCUGAUAAUAUAUUUUCCUUUUCAAGUGAUCCUGCAGUUUUGAACUUUACUCAGCAAUUUUUAUCAUACAAUAAAGAUAAAAUUAGCCGUUCCGAAAGAGAUUUGAUAGAAAAAUUAUCAAUACAAACAUAUGAGUGUGUUACUAGAGAUAUGUUACAUAUAUUACCUCAAAGAAUUAGCUUAAUAAUGUGUCUUCAAGACUUCAAAAAUAAUCCUACAGUAUAUGCAAUAUGGCAAAUGAAAUUAUUGUCUAGUCUUGUGGAGACUUGUUCUGUACGUAAUUCUAUGGAAAGAUUAAUUUCUCAUGAAACUGCAUUAUCUAUGAUACAAUUUAAUGCAUAA